AUGUUAAAUGUUGGGCUUGAGGCUAAUAACUAUACCUUUACACCGCUGAUUAAAGCAUGUACAAUUCUUGGUCCUUCUUCGGAAAUCAUUGGGCGUUUUAUACAUGCCCAUGUUGUUAAAUUUGGAUUCAGUUAUGACCCUUUUGUUGCUAGCUCGUUAAUUGAAUUUUAUUCGUUGGUUAAUGAAAUGGAAACUGCACGAGCGUUGUUUGAUAAAAGUCUUGAGAGAGAUGUGGUUAUGUGGACGGCGAUGAUUGAUGGAUAUGGCAAAAUGGGAGAUGUUCAGAAUGCUAGAGCUUUAUUCGACAAAAUGCCUGAGAAAAAUGCAAUAUCAUGGAGUGCGAUAAUGGCAGCGUAUUCUAGGAUUAGUGACUUUAAAGAGGUGCUUUCUUUGUUUAGGCAAAUGCAAGAAACAGGUGUGAAACCUAAUGAGUCGGGUCUUGUUAGUGUUCUCACAGCGUGUGCUCAUCUUGGGGCGCUGACUCAAGGUUUGUGGGUUCACUCGUAUGCUAGACGGUACAAUCUUGAUAAGAAUAUGAUUUUGGCCACUGCAUUAGUUGAUAUGUAUUCAAAAUGCGGUCACGUGGAAUCAGCUUUAUCAGUAUUUGAGGGGAUCUCUAGUAAGGAUGCUGCAGCGUGGAAUGCCAUGAUUUCAGGCGUUGCAAUGCAUGGGGGCGCUAGGAAAUCACUUGAACUUUUUGAUAGAAUGGUCAUAAGCGGAACACAGCCCACGGAGACAACGUUUGUUGCAAUCCUCACUACAUGCACGCAUGCAAGAAUGGUUAAAGAGGGUCUUAAAUUGUUUGAAGAAAUGAGAAGCGUAUAUUGGGUUGAACCCCAGCUAGAGCAUUACGCAUGUGUUGUUGAUCUCUUGGCAAGAGCAGGUAUGGUGGAGGAAGCGGAGAAGUUCAUAGAACAAAAAAUGGGAGGGCUAAGAGGGGAUGCCAAUGUGUGGGGGGCGCUACUGGCCGCGUGUAGGAUACAUGAGAAUGUUGAAGUUGGUAACAGAGCUUGGAAAAACCUUGCUGAUAUGGGAAUAGCUGAUUGUGGCACUUCUGUGCUUUCAUAUAAUAUGUAUAAGGAAGCUGGGUGGGAUAUGGAAGCAAAGAGAGUGAGAAAAUUGAUCUCAGAGGCUGGAAUGAAGAAGAAACCUGGUUGCAGUGUAAUAGAGGUGGAUGGAGUGGUUGAAGAAUUCCUUGCAGGUGAUACUCGUCACCUACAGACAUCAGAAAUAUACAAGAUGAUUGAUUCUUUUUCCAAAAUGUCAAAUUUUGAGGAACUAAUGUGA